AUGGAAGAAAAUGAAAAGCUAGAUGAAUAUUAUAAAUUGAAAUCUAAAAAAAAACCUUUCCCUAAAUAUGUUCAAUUACAGAUGAUUGCUGAAAUAAAAAUGGCUAAAAUCAAAACUGGUAAAAAAGAUCGACGACAAUACUAUCUACUAUCUACAUAUGAUGUAUUAAGUGUUGCAGAAGAAAAGUUUUUAAUACACAAACAAAAUGCAGCUGAUGAAAAAAUAAGGUAA